CAGCGUUCAGAAUAUCACCUGUGGCAGAUGUUCACACGUAUCAUAGCUUCCUGUUUCGGAGGUUUACAAUUUCCAGUCAAACAUAGCAACAAUGGCACUCGUGAAAACAGGUGACAAAACUGUAGCCACCGCGACAUGGAGUACUCGAGACAAACGGAGAACAAGGCAUAAAUUGCCGGGAGAUGUAGAAAUGCCGGUAGUGAACUAUGACUAUAUUAACAUAUUAAAUAAUAUUGAGGGACUCAAAGACAAAGAUAACCCAGAGACAAGUAAAGAAGCUCAUGAGAAAUUCAUGCAGAACUAUCGAAAAAUGUUUGUACAAGCAAAUAGUUUAUGCCUGGAACCAAGGGAUAAAAAUGAAUCUGAAUCUCGUAGAAGUACAUCAGCUAUGUCAACAGGUCAUGUUAGCCACUUUGUUGGGGCCACUUCAAAGAAGACUUUUGUGCCUGCAGAAAAGCCUGCAGAAAUGAGCCACAACAUCAAAGAUCACUUAGCCAAACUACACAAAGAAAGGGAAGAAGCUGACCCAACUGUCAUUCAAGCCAAUAGAAUUAGAGAUCUUAGGAGAAUACUUAGAAAACUACCAUUUGAAAGGACAGCAGCUGAGAAUGACACUGUAUUCAACCAUUUAAAAUCAUUUCCUGAAAUCAGUGAACAGUUAUUAGACAAAGAACUGAAGGAAUUGUCAACAGUUACACAAUUGGAAAUCUGGAAAGAUGAAGAAUACACAGUGUUUGGAAAUCAAGGCCUUUAUGGUAUUCUACGAGGCAGUGUUGUUCCACAGACAAGACCAUGGUUGAGAACUAAAGAUGAUAAACAUGGUAGUAUAUUCCGAUCACCAACGCCUAUACUAACUACUACAUCUAACACAAAAGAUAUGAAGAUACCAGAGUUAAUUGUUGGUGACUGUUUUGGUACACUGCAGAGGAUAGAAGGAAGAGAACCAAACAGCAGGGUUUUAACUGUGAUUACAAAGCAAGUUCCCUGUGAAUUUUUAAAGAUAUCAUGCAGUGAUUACAAAAGGGUAACUGAGCAAAUCCACAUAAGAGAAACUUCCGAAAAAGUUGAUCUCAUCCAAGCUUGUCCGUCCUAUAACCUGUGGCCCAGGCAGUCUCUUCAAAAAUUAGCCAACCUCAUUGAAUGGUUAAAAUUUCAAGCAAACAUAGGCAAGUUGUGA